AUGGGGAGGAGAUUUCUGAAGAAGCACUUUCUUGUUGUCUUGCUUUUCUUGUCAUUGGCCAUAGUUGAGCCAGAUACUUCUAUUGAACUGAAAAGAUGGAACAUCCAUGUGGUGAAUGGGUUGGGCAACGGCCGACUUCUCUUUGUGCACUGCAAAUCAAGAGAUGAUGAUCUAGGCGAACAGAACCUCUACGACGGAGCUGAAUUCAGCUGGACUUUCAGGGUGAAUGUUAUAGACACGACCUUGUUUUGGUGUUUUUUGCGGAAGCCAGAUGCGCAAUCUGUGUCAUUCGAUGCCUUCUGGGUCGAGAAGACAUCGAUUUGGCUCUUUUAUCGAUGCUACGAUGCUAACUGUAUUUGGACUGCAAAAGACGAUGGAGUGUACCUGAGAGAUAAUCCUGUUCAAAGAGACGUUUUGGUUCAUAAAUGGCAAUAA